AUGGUUUCGAACCGAGGCACCCACGUGUUGGUCUGGGAGCAGCCCGGCCUUGAGGACCAGAGGCCUAAGAGUUAUAGUGGUGGCCUGGGUACCCGUCAUUGGGUGACGUUCAUGUUGUUCCUGGGUAUGGCGAACGCUUACAUCAUGAGAACCAACAUGUCCGUCGCCAUAGUAGCUAUGGUUAAUCACACGGCGUUGCCCGUCAAACAGGAGGCUCUGGAUACUGAGUGCGGGAACGUAGAUUCAAAUGUCACUAAAGUGGCGCAAUUACAAGAUGGUUCAUUCGUGUGGAGCUCGAGUCUUCAAGGUUACAUCCUGUCUUCCUUCUUCUACGGUUAUGUCAUCACGCAGAUACCUUUCGGCAUUUUAUCUAAAAGGUACGGCGCCCGUUUGUUCCUUGGUGUAGGCAUGUUGAUCAACUCCGUGUUCGGUCUACUAGUGCCAGUAGCGGCCGAGGCGGGCGUCUGGUGGCUCAUACUAGUGAGAUUCAUACAAGGAUUGGGAGAGGGACCAAUAGUUCCUUGUUCUCACGCGAUGUUAGCGAAAUGGAUUCCUCCUAAUGAAAGAAGUCGAAUGGGAGCGGCGGUGUAUGCUGGUGCCCAGUUCGGUACAGUGAUCUCAAUGCCUCUGUCCGGUCUCCUGUCAGCCUACGGGUUCGCGGGCGGCUGGCCGUCCAUCUUCUACGUGUUCGGACUCGUCGGCACUCUAUGGUGCAUCAUGUUCCUAUUAUUCGUGUCCGAAGACCCAGAACAGUGUCCGAGAAUUAAGGAGGCUGAGAAGAAAUAUAUAUUGAGCUCGCUGUGGGGCGCCGCUGGGUCAAGUUCACCACCAAUUCCGUGGAGCAAGAUUCUUCUGUCCACUCCGUUUUGGGCUAUAAUGUUGGCACACAUGGGACAGAACUAUGGAUACGAAACAUUGAUGACGGAACUACCAACAUUCAUGAGACAAGUACUCCACUUCUCCAUCAAAGAUAAUGGCUUCGUCUCUGCUCUUCCAUACUUAUGUAUGUGGCUCUUCUCAAUGUUUAUUUCCGUGGUCGCUGAUUGGAUGCUUUCAAGCGGCAGAUUCAACCACACUCAAGUCCGAAAAAUUAUUAACAGUAUUGGUGAAUACGGCCCGGCCAUAGGUCUGUUCAUAGCUGCCAACACUGGCUGCGACCCAGCAGCCACGGUCGCGAUACUCGCUGUGGGAGUGGGACUCAAUGGUGGAAUAUACUCAGGGUUCAAGGUGAACCACCUGGACAUAUCUCCUCGGUUCGCGGGCAUCUUGAUGGCAUUCACUAACUGUCUCGCUAACCUCACCGGCCUACUGGCGCCCAUCAUAGCCGGCUACAUCAUCGAGGGCAACCCCUCUCAAGCUCAAUGGAAGAAAGUAUUCUACAUCGCAGGAGGAGUGUAUAUAUUCUCCGCGACCUUCUACAAUAUAUUCGGCUCUGGAAGGAGGCAGGACUGGGACAAUCCCGCUGAGGACGAAGCUAUAGCGAAGAAAGCAGCUGCCAAGAAAAAUAAUAAACUAGAGAGACAAACGAACCAGAACACAGCGGAGACCGCGCAAUAG